UAUAUUGAUGUAAACAUUCACACCUAGGAUUAGUAAUCGGCAUUAAUCAUCUUCUUGGAGUUUAUUGAAAAGUGCUCUGGCGUCUCAGUUUCCUUGGACAUCUAAGACAGUAAAAGUUUGUCUCCAGAUCCAGUGUCCAGUGGCCAGUGUCUCAUUACCUUUUGAGUAAUUAGCAGACCCACAUCACUACUGACUAGUGAUGUUUAUACUUACUAAUGUCCGAGAUAAUUACUAAUGAUACCAGUGUGUGUUUGUACUUGUUUUGUGCCCACAAAUGCUUCGAUGAUAAUUGAUAGACUAUCUAAUUGACAAGUGCUUCAAGCGUAUGCUUUUUUGUAAAUACCGUAAAACAAUGGCCCAAUCAAUGACAAUAGAAACAGUGACAAUCACCAAGCCAUUUAAAGUGAUAGCAUUGGUAUGCGGAAUAAUCGUGAUCCUGCUGAUGAUAAUGGGACUGGCGUCGGCGGACUGGCUGAUGGCGGUGGGAUGGCGUCAAGGAUUGUUCACACACUGUAUUGCGGAUGGUGCAGACACGCCGCUGCCUUUUAACGUUGUAGCUGAACCCGGAUGCUAUUCCGCCAGAGAUGUUGGCUACAUAAAAGCUGUCGCUGCUUUGUGUAUUGUUUGUCUGGUGGCAGAUAUCGCGGGGACGCUGCUGACCUGGCUUGGGCUUAAGUCCAAGGAUCACAGGAAUAAACAUCGCUGCUACAGGAUUGCUGUCAUUUGCAUGUUACUAGCUUUGAUAGCUCUGCUGAUCGCGUUGAUAAUUUACCCAGUGUGUUUCACCGGGGAGCUGAAUCUCGGGAAUAGAACAGUCUGGGAGUUCGGAUGGGCUUACGGGGUUGGCUGGGGUGCAGCGAUAUUCCUCUUCGGUGCGGUGAUACUCCUGUGGUUCGACAAAGAAAGCGAGGAAGUAUAUUACAAAGAGCGUAAAAUAGUGCGCGAAGACAUGACAAGUGGCGGAAACAAUGCCAUGAUUGGCCACGGAAUUGCGGGCCACCAUGGCACCAUGAGAACUGGGCUCCAACAUGCCUAGUGGCAUUGUACCCUGCCCGAUGUUGUCCUUUAGGUGAUUUCAAUUGAUAUUUUUUUCUUCACUUCUUUAUUUUCUCUCACAAAACCUAUUUUUAUUUUAUUUUUUCACAUAAUACAUAUUUUUAUUUUUAAUAUUAUGUUGCUAAAUUCAAAAUUUUUUUAAUAUUAAAAAAAAAAAACGACAGAUCUAUUGAUUAUAAAUUAUAAUUAUAAUUAAUUAACGUAAAUCGGAGACCAAUUCGCGUAAAACUGUGACUGCCACUGCUGCGCUACAAAAGUGCGUAAAUUAUUUAUAAAAAAACUGAUUAAUUAAUUGAUUAUCUAAAUUAGAUAAAAUUUACUUUAAAAUAUAAAAAAAAAACUGAAAGUGAGGGACAUUGAAAGUACGGCAGCUUAAAAAUAUUUAUUUAUUUUGUAGUUAUAUUUAUAUAUAUUAAAUAUCUAAGCUAGGAAUUUUUUUUAUAAAAUAAAUUCUACA